GAAGAGGAAGAAAGGAGGUCUCUUGCUAGAACCAGAUGAGAAAGAGGAAGAAAAGGCCCAACAGAAUGAAGAGGAGGAGGAAGAGGAAGUGGAUAAUGUAGAGCUGGUGGAAAGAAACAGAGAAGAAGAAGAAAAAAAGAAAGAGGAUGCUCUCUGGGCCAGUUUCCUUAGUGAUGUGGGACAGAAACCCAAAGCGGUGGCUGCCACACAAGUGACUCAAGCAAAGAAGGCUGAAGAAGAGAAGGGUGGGCAGAAGCUUCAGGAGAAGCCAAAAGAGUCUGAGAAGCCAAAAGAUUCAGGAAAAGUGACAAUCACCAAAGUGUUCGAUUUCGCUGGUGAGGAGGUCAGAGUGACUAAAGAAGUAGACUCUACCUCAAAAGAAGCUAAAUCUUUUCUGAAGCAGCAAGAGAAAUGGCAGUCAGCAGCUCCAGCUUCCCUCCCUACAGUCUCUGGGUGA